AUGGGAGACGGAGCGAACGUCUUCAAUACUUUUAGUUUCAAUAAAUGGGCUGAUGGCAAAAGAGAAGAAGAAAUUGAUAAAGAAAGUCGAAAAAGAAGAGCUGAACAAGUAAGUUGAAAAUUAACAAAAAUCUGAAUUCUGAAUUAAAUUAAUUUGCCAGAUAAAACGACUCAAAGAGCGUUUACGAAAAGAAAGAGCUUUGCGCGAAUCUCAAGGAGAUGGAGAUUUGGAUCUGGAAGCACUUAUUGAGGCGAUUCAAAAUGGUCAGGAAAUCAAUGAGAACCCAAACGAUUUGAGUUCGGCUAGUGAAUCAACAAGACCCAGAAGAAGCGGGUUACCUGAUGUUCUGACAGAUGACUAUAUUUUCAAUGAAAUUGAUAUGUUUUCGAGACGGAACAGAGAUUUGAAAAUGAAAGCUUUAGAAACAGAUUUUUCUGUUCCACAACCACCGCCGGAAAUCAAAAAACCAGGUGAGUCAUCGAAUAUUUCGAAAAAUAAACACCUGAUCACAGAUCCCCUCUCCUGGCAAUAUAACCGUCGGAAUGCUGAGAAUAAUGUUAUGCUCCCUGUGGAAAAAACCAACAAUAAUUUUAAAUUCAAUAGAAAACUGAAUUCUUAA